UAGUGGCUGGCAAACCGAUCAGUCGCCAGUUAACAUUUCUCCAUUGAUGUUGGUACUGCCUGGCUGUUACGAAGAAAUUUGAAAAUAGAAAACACACACAAAAUAUUCUAUGAAAAGUUCUCAAAAUAAAAUUCAUUUCGAUUUGUGUGAUUGACUCAAGUGAAGGUGUUCAUCCGUGUAACACACAUCUGAUUAAGAAAUUAACGAGAAAAAGUUCUAAAUAAACAAAUUCCAAAUCAUGUUCAACUGUCGAAAAAUACGGCCACUGUUGAUGUUGGUGUUACUCGCCGUCGCCAUUCAAAGCCCCAAGUCAUUGGCAUUGCCGGUAGCAGAAGCAGAGGCAGAAGCCGAGGCAGAAGUUGUGGCAUCGAAAAACGUCAAUGAUCCCGCCAAAUUGUUGGUCAUAACCGAAGAUGUGAUACCCGACAAAGUGGAAAUGGACCAAAAGAAGGUGAUACGUGUCAAUCCGCUCGAUUUACCACCCAUCAAAGAGGAUCCCAAUAAAUUGAGCGAAGAUUCGUCGUUGUACAAAAUCCAAUCGAUUAAACCCUACAAGGGUAAACGUAAAUAUGCCAAUUCACAAAAUAUGCGACGUCUCAAGGGAUCGAAUGACGCAAAGGCCAGUGGCCCAGUGGAAGACUCACCCAUUGUACGAGGAUUGCCGGCUAGCCCACAAAAGUUUGUAAAACCUAAACAUCAGCCAAAAAAGAAACACUUACAUUUUCUUUACAAUCAGGACGAUUUGUUAGGUGACAUAGUGUCGAAGACAAUGCGUGUCCAUACCGCUCCCGGAGCCUAUCCAGUCUUUUAUGCCGUGGCCAAGACCAACGGACAGUUCGGUAAAUAUCCCCUGAAGAAUUUCAGUACUCCGCGGGAGUUUAGAAAAUAUUUACAAAAAAAUAAAGUGGAAAAUGUACAAUUAGUGGAAACUGUAUACGAUAAGGAAUUAAUUUGAAUUAAGCUCUCUGUCUUUCUUUCCUACGCUCCUAAAGGAGAGAGCUUCUUUUUAAUUUUAAGCUGUAAAUAAGUAUUGUAUUUAAGUAUUUAAAUAUUUAUCUUAGUCUGUAGCAUUCUUCAAAGUUUUUUUUUUUUUUUU